AUGGACAGAGGAGCCUGGUGGGCCACAGUCCCUGGGGGCACAAAAGAGUCAGAAAACAACAUAGUGACUAAACACCUGGUCUGCUGCCUGGGAGAGGACGUCAAGGGCACGGAUCGUUCUCAAGGAGAGGCCUCCCCACAGCCUCAACUGAAGGAGCAGGCCACUCGAGCAGGCUGGGAGGGUUCCCUGGAACCCGGGGUUUCACGAUCGUUCAAGGGCAUCGACCUAGGGAGCGCUGUCCGUCUCAAUCAGGGCUCUGACCUUGGGCUUGCAGACUUUGGGAGGCAAGGAUUCCAGCAUCCUCUGGAGCUCUGCUUCACAAAAGCCCUGGGUCUCAUCCUCAGCUUAUGA